AUGCGGAUGGGGUGGGCGUGGCUUACCGUGGGGCGGGGCUUGAAGGGCCCGGGCCUGGCGGCCGCUCAGUCCCCUCUACGCGUCAUGGCGCUCAGCCCGGUGCUCCAGCGGCUGCAGCAGCGGCGCCUGGUGCUGGCCAGCGCCUCCCCGCGCCUUCAGAAGGACCUGCGGACCCCAGAUGUGGUCAUUGGCGCAGACACCAUCGUGGCCCUGGAAGGAUCCAUUCUGGAGAAGCCAGUGGACAAGCAGGAUGCUUACAGGAUGCUGUCGAGGCUGAGCGGGAAGGAGCACAGCGUGUUCACGGGCGUGGCCAUCCUGAGCUGCCGCAGCUCUGAUGGAGAGCUGCAAAUGGACGUCUCUGAGUUCUACGAAGAAACGAAGGUGACAUUCUCGGAGCUCUCCGAGGAGCUGGUCUGGGAAUACAUCCACAGCGGGGAGCCCAUGGACAAGGCUGGCGGCUACGGCAUCCAGGCGCUGGGCGGCAUGCUGGUGGAGCGUGUCCACGGCGACUUCCUCAACGUGGUGGGCUUCCCGCUGAACCGCUUCUGCAAGGCGCUGGCGGCGCUCUACCCCGGCCCCAGCGACGACGCCAUCCCUGCCGUGGACGCCUUCGAGGGCCUCGGCGACUCCGACGGGGGCGGCCGCGAGCCCCCGGGUGGCCACGCGCCCCUCGGUUGUCCCUCCGCACCCUUCGGAAGCGUCACCCUUGCCGCGGGCCCCCGGGCACCUCGCUGCAAAGCCGGCUCGGAACCGGAACCGGACCCGGACCCGCACGGUGCACACGUGGAUGCCGGCGGCCUCCUGCGGCUCAUAGACGGAUUCAAGGCGUCCAAGGCGCUGUUCACCGCCUGCAAACUGCACGUGUUCGACGUGCUGAGCGACUCGGUGCCCCGCACGGCCGCCGACGUGGCCAGCAGGGUGGGCGCGUCCGCGUGCGGGACCCGGAGGCUGCUGGACGCCUGCGCUGCCCUGGGGCUGCUGCGCAAGACGGAGCUCGGGUACACCUGCACAGCCGUGGCCAGCACCUACCUGGUGUCGGAGGGCGAGGACUCCCUGCACGGCCACAUCCUGCACACCGAUGACCACACGUGGGCCGCCUUCACCCACCUGGAGUCUGCCGUCCGCGAGGGAGCAGAGCCGGGCCGCGGGGCCACGGGACGUCCCUUCCAGAGCCUCGGGAGGAAGGACAGAGCCCGGGUGGGACCUGCGGAGCUUCUGGCCCGGGAGGAGCCGCCCCGCCUGCCUGAGCCUCACCGAGAACCUCACCGCCCCCCACCCUCUCCGCCUCAGGCGCCCCAUGGCCACCGGCAGAAGCAACUGUCGCAUCUACGCAGCCUGCACGGGCUCAGCAAGCUGAGGGCCCACGGCGUCAUCACGGCCUUCGACCUGUCCAGGUUCCGCUCGGCCUGCCACGUGGGAGGUGUGUACACUGGUGGGAGGCCCGUAACCUGGGAAUCCGAGGCCGUCGGGUUCCACAUGAGCCGCCGCCUCCAGAGGCCGCACCGUCGCUCAGUGUUCCUGAACACAGUGACCUAAACUGGGCAAGGCCGGCCUGGCGGCUCCCGGGUCCUUCAGCACAGACGAGGCUCGUGGGGCGGCCGCCUGUGGACACAGCCACGUCCUCCAUGGCCGCGCCGAGCCCCACUUCCCCUGUGCGGCCCCCAGCCCGGUCUGUCCCUUCACACGGUGCACAUGGGCGACACCCCCCAAAGGGCGCCAUGGGCUCGAGAUCCAGGACUUCUGCACUGCCAGCUUGCACUGUACACGCGACUCGUGCUUCCUGGCCCCUUGUGGCCUCGGCCACGACAGCCGUCAGCCCAGAUUCUGUGAGACGCCCACUUGCGGUUCCCAGU